AUGGGCGUUACAAAAAAAUCGAAAAGGAAUAAGCUAUCGUUUGUCUGCCAAACAUGUAGAAAGUCGAAAACUAAGUGUGAUAAGCUUAAACCUUCAUGUACAGGCUGUAUUAAAUAUGGCUACAUAUGCGUUUACGAUGUUGAGACUCAAGCAAGGCCAAAAUCUAGGAGUAAGGACUCCAGGAUUUUACAGUUGAGACGAGAGCUUGAAUACUGGAAAUCGAAAGCGAUGGGGUAUUCGAAUCAGUGGGGUUUAAAUUUAUUAGAAUGGCCUAAAAUGCGACCAAUUAUUGAAGACAGCUGCCCGAAUGACCCAGUGGUAAAUUUUCACAGCAGCUUUCCUAUGUUAGUCUUGGAAGGACAGUGUAAACAUAGUACUUCGCCAUUCUCUGCACUAUCUUAUAUGGGUAAAGAUGUUUACCUCUUUCUUUUUUGGUCAUCAAUCUCGCCUCGCAUGAGUGCCGCAGAGACUAAACUACGAAUUGAAAAAAUGGCACGUUCUACAAAUUCUCCUAAUGCAGCAAGAUUUGUUAGGAGGCUAUUGUACGGACGGGAGAAGCAGAAUUCUAGAUAUACUAUAGAUGAGUUUCGAACUGUUUGUUCAGAAUUCAACCAUAUCGAAGACUCCUGUGGGCCAGAUUUUGUCUAUUCGGAGAAAUUCAAAAGUAUUAAGGACUUCUACGAGGCGAAUUUACCCAAACUUGAUGUCAUAAGAUUGUAUCUACGCUACUUUUAUCGAGAGGUCUACCCUCUUCUCCCUCUUUUGGAGAUUCCCCUAUUCGAGGAAGUCAUACGCGAAGUCCUAGUGGAUGGAGCUGAGUAUGGCACUAAUUUGCAUCUCAACUUUGGGAAUACCGAACUGCGGAAGAAACUGGUGCAUAUUUUCUUGCUUGCGUUUAUCCUUGGGAUUACAGAUAUCUCAAUGGAGGUCGCUAGGGCCAGAGGUAUACAAUUGGACUUGGAUCCUCUAAUACUUUCUUUUGUCAAGGUCCCUGGUACUGACCGCAUGUUUGGCUUGAUGAACUACACCUUAACAACAUUUAAUAUAGUAUACUGGGUGGAUGAGUACACGAUGUUGACACAUCUUUAUAGAUAUGUAUACUCGAUGAUUUCCGCGGAACUAGCAAUUCCAUGUGAAAUGGACCCAGUAGACUCACAUGAUAUGAUAUCGUGGUAUUCCAACGUCAUCGGUCUAGAUACAUUUCCUGAUGAUUUGGAGGCGAGUACCCUCAACGAUGCACGGCUAUUGAACUUGAGACGCAAACUAUGGCUUGGUGUGGAAAUAUGCUGCAACUAUGAACGAAGAAGCGACGGUAGGCGAACUCAACAUCUCAGCCCUUCGAGCGAGGAUGAUUCAUCCGUUAAAUUUAGUCACUCGCAAGAGGACUUCAAGAUAGAGAGGUUUCUACAGAAAGCGUACUCUGAUAAUUUGCUGGAGUAUAACAUACUGCUAGCUUUUUACCAGAAACACAAGUAUUGUUUUGUCGGUACGGUGCUCGAUCUGGCUUACAUCAGGCUAGAUAACAGUUCUGUUAAAUUAUCAGAUGCUAAUCGGGCGUUAAAUGAAUGCAGAAGGGUCGCAGAGCAGCUUAUUCUUUCCUCAAGGGUUAAAAAGAACAUGUCUUUCAAGUUUGAAGGCCUCUACGAUAUCCAAGUUGACCUAGUAAAGUCCUACAACACGCAUUUUUACCAUUCGCGCAUAAUUCUCAUGGAAACAUGUGUUUUAACCACUUCUUCUCUAUACUUGUACUUCGAAGGCCAGUUGACAAAAGACAAUAAUCCAGGCGCCGCUGUGCACUACAACACUUACUUCAAACAGGCAUUUCACGAUGUAAUAGAAGCAACUAUCUUCGCUGCCAGCUACUUAGAAGGGGAAGUCGAUCUUUUGCCUGGUGCCCACUUCGUUACCUACUACAUGGUAGAAAAUAUGAUGGUCAGGUGCUUACAAGUGGUGUUCGGUAUUAUGCUGAGGCUGUGCCAUGCAGAGGAAGUCGUCUGGAAAUGCCUGUACAACUGCAACCAAUACUCCUCUCAAAAGGCAAUGUCUGAUAUGCGGCUAAAGCUCGAGUCCCGCUUUAGACUCGUGAGACAAAUAAAAGGAGACUUACAGAAUUUCCUAACGAUCAUACACGAUCUCGUGUCUAAGUGGCUACGUUGGACCCUAUUUUCCUGUUUCAAGCGCCUGUUAACAUUCGACUUAGCCCUAGAUAUGAUUCAAGAAGAGAAAAUAAUGAAAUUCCUUCAUGCUCCAAAUCGAGAAAGACUUGCCCAUUGGGGGCUUAAAUCCAAUUUAGAGGUUAUGGAGAGUACAAACAUAUUCAUAACAGCUGAACUAGGGUAUCUAGAAGGGCUCUGCGGAGUUUUGAACACUCUGAAUGUGAAAGAUUUUAAUAUCAAACAUCAGAAUCCCAUGCGGAAAGCGUGA